GUAACCGUUGCAAAGGUUGAAAAGUGAUGUAAACAAUUAAUAAGAAAAUAUUUCUCUUACUACAAAUAUUUUAUUGUUUUAAGAAAGCAUAGGCAAAAGUAAUGAUAACACUCUUAAUUUCGAAGUGAUUUUAGUUAUUUAAUUGUGAAAAUAUGGAUCCAUUCACCCAGCGUAUGUUAGAAAGAGCGCGUGCUAGACAAGAGAAAAUCGAUCAGAAAUUAGCAAACUCCGGACAAACUCCGAAAAGAAAACCUCUUGCCGAAAACGUCGGUGUUGUAAAACCUCAAUCUCCUGUUAAAUCACCUAUUAAAGCAACAAAGGACCCAGUUUUUUCGCCAAAGAAACCUUCUAGAGAGUCUCUAAAAUCUGAAACCCAGAGGAAAAGCGCACAGAAAUCUGAUUUGAUAAUCGCUUCUCCACAAAAACGAAAUGAUGUUAUAGUAACGAAAAAGGAGUUCAAAAGUCCCAAAAAAGGCAGCUUGAAUAGACGAAACUCGGAUGUUUCUGUUGAGAUCAACAUUUCACAUAGAAAUGAUAUUCAAAUUGAAGUCCAAGUUGAAGAGAGAGAUGUUCCUAUAAGUAUUUUGUAUGAUCCCAAUUUGGAAAGAGGCAGCAAUGUAGUCAUUAAGGAAAUUCAAGACGAAGCUUCUAAACCAAUAUUGGAUAAGGAAGCAAGUGACAUUGGAGAUGCUAAGAAUGAUCGUCCGGCACUACGACACAAUAUAAAAUCCCGUUUGGACCGACUGGGAAAUCUGUAUUCUGACACACCAAACCUAUCAUCGCCGAUAAAUCGCACAGAAUCUAAUUUCAACUCGGCCUCCCCGCCACCUGUGUCUCAGCCUAAGGAAAGACCUGCGCAGGAGGGGAAGAAGAAAUUUGGCAGACUGGCCGCUCUCGCUGACCAGAUCAAUAACUGGGAGGAUGACCUCUCACAUCAUAAUCACCAUCCAGAAAUAAAGAAAAAUCAGCCACAGCAGAGAAGGAAUGCGGAUGAUAAACUGGAAUCUUCAACAUUGGAUGUGUCUAUACAUUCCAUUAAAGAUAUAAAUAAAAUAUUACAGACUAGUAGUAAACAGACAACAAAACCAUUCAAUUCGCGCACCUUCACGAAGUCAGUGAACGAAUGUCAGCGUCUUGAAAGUCAAAUUGUUGCUGAUCUGGAGGGCGAGGGGUAUCGGCGAGUCUCCGCGACCCAAUCGCGGCUAGUGUACGAUUUUACAACGCCGGAAAUCGCCGAUCGCGGCCGACAGGAGCCGAAGCGUGCACAGACAACCCCCAGUGUCGCUGCAGCCCCCGACAUGGCGACAAUGGUCGCCGGCUCGCCGCCACCCAACCCCGCCAACCCCACAACCGUCACCAAAAAACCAUCAAUUAAAAAAUAUCGCGCUCCCACACCCCCGCGCAAGAUACCCGUCGACGAAAACAGUGACAGUGAUAAAGACAAGGAGAAUAAUGUGCUUCCCCAGGAAGAAAACGAGAAUGACGUACCGGACUGUUGUGUACAAACAAAAACAGAUUCUGACAAGCCGGCUCCCGAGAAGGGAUCGCCCUUGGUGAAGAAAUUUGCGACUAGACUGAAUGGGAACGUAGACAGAAGCUCCGUGCUAUCCAAGGCUGCGAUGUUCGAAGCGGGCAGCCCCAAGGCCAAGGAAAAAGACCCUGCCGAGAUGUCAUUGAGGGAACGAAAAGCGCUAUUCGAAAAGAAUAAGGGCUCGGCGAUCAUUCCCAAGGCGCCCUUCGGUCUCGCACCCUCCGUGAAAACACUGCAAGGGGAGAAUAAAGCAGACAAAGCGCGUCCUGCGCCGAAUACAAAACAGGAUAAAUCGGACACAAUCUCAGUGCAUUCAACAAGUUCCAAAACGAACCUCUCCAAUAAUUCUAGAACAAACUCUAAAGACAGUGUGAAUGAAGAUACGGUCAGUCAGAGUUCCCUAGGAGGAGGUAUAAAAGGAAAACUGGCGGCGCUAUUUAAUAAGGAGCAGACAAUAAGCGAGACAACAAUAGCUAAUAAAUUUAAACAAGAAAGAGAGAAAGAGAUGGAGAUGUUGCAGAAUAGAUUCCAUUAUAAGCCUAAACAAGAGAAUGCAGAACAGCACAAUGAUUCGGAUGACGAUCAUAGUGAGAAUGAUCCGUCAGAAAAGGCGCCUCUUAUGGGCAGCACGAUGAGUCUCUCGCAAGCCAAAAAGCCGGAGAUAGUGUCCAAUCUUCCUAAAGUCACCUUCGAUGACAAGGAAGAGCCUACUGAUAAAGACGACAAGGUUGUAGCUUCACAACCCGUUAAAAGACGAAGUUCCCAAGACUCCCAAGUGGUACUCUCAGUACUGGAAGACGUUAAAAGGAUCAAAGUAAACAAUGCAAAAGAGACUAACGGAGCUCUCCCGCAGCCGAGCAUCUACCCACAUCUGUCCGAUAUUGAAACAGAUCAGUCUAAUUCACAAGAGGAAUACUCCGACUGUGGUGGAUCAAGUGCGGACACGUGCCGAGACAAUUUAAACAAAUCGGACAACUGGGCUGAAACGUCCUUUGGAAGGGAAGUUAUGAAUGUUGUGAAGAAAAAUAACAAUAGUUACAAGAAGGCGGUGCGUGAUGAUGAUUCUGAUAGUUCUCACAGCCCGUACGACAGUGAACUGGAUGAAAUGCUGGAUGAAGCACUGGAAGACAGUGAGGGACCGACACCGCCUAAAAUAAAUAAACAACAGGGUCUAUCGUCAAAUAGUUUCGUAUACGAAGAGAAGGCUAAGUUUAAAUCGCCAGUGAAAGUGCCGCCAACGACACCCGCCAGACACGACCGUGGUGCGGAGCUAGUGCAUAGCGUCAGCUUCUAUAGAAGAAUGCAGAAUGCUUCAUCAACGCCUUCAACUCCGCUGCGUGUUGUGAGACACGAGUCUCCGGAGCGCGAGGUGUCCGCUCCAGACGAGCCAGUGAUCAGUGUGACAACGGUGCGCGAACGCAUCAAAGAGCUGCAGAAUGAGAUCAACAAACAACAGACUAUUAUAUCACAGGCUAGUCAGGCGCUAAAUCUGUGCGCGUCUACCAUAGAAUUCAGCGGCUCUACAGAACAAGCGGAGGGUGAAAGAUUACUGCUUCUAGCUACACACAGACGUCAGGCGUGUGUACACGAGGUGCAGCGGCUGCAGGUGGAGGGCGCGGGUCCAGCUCGCUGCAAGGGAAUGGCCUCGCUACAUCUCCGCGACAUCAAUGUACCACUGCGUAGAGACUACAUCAGGCAUCUUAAUGCAGAUGGAGCUGUGGGUCACCACGCGGUGUGCCUGCUGAAGUGCCGGGACCGUGUGGUGGCGAGCAGUAUGCAGCUUACUUCACCCAGCACCAGUCUGCUGCACUUCCCCGAUGAGAUACGUAUGGAGGGACUCGCCAGCGACUUCAAGGUCACAGUUGAGAUCUAUCUGUUGCAAGCCACGAAAGAAAUUCUUCCUCACGAUGUUAAAUAUCACAUAUCUAACAAAAAGGGUAACUCUAAGUUGUUGACACCGAAGUCAAAGGUGUCAGAGUUGAAGGCAGUGCGGGUCCAGAGUCCUGCAGGUCCACACGCGGUCCGCUCCCCGCAGUUCACGCUGCACGGAUACUGCAUAUUCGCACUGCAGCAAGCCUCCAGGAAGACAUUCACAUUGAAUAAGGUGCCUUGUGGUAGUCCGCUGGAGGGGAGCCUGAAUGUAGAGAUCCGCGCCAAGCUGCGUGUGUCUGCGCCCGCGCCGCACUCCGCCUUCCUCACAGCUUUUGAUGACGUGUCCGGUCUCGGGGCCUGGCAUCGCCGCUGGUUUAAACUCACCUCUCCACGUCUGCAGUACUGGAAGUAUCCUGAUGAUGCCAAUCGCAAGAUGCCAAUCGGUGACAUAGAUCUAGCAACGGUGGUAUCAGACAGGGUCAUCCGAGCGCCGAGAGAUUUGUGCGCGAGACCGAACACGCUACUGCUAGAGACAUCAGUCCCCGUGGGUCUCGCGUGUCCGGAGUCCGGCUCACUGAUCUACUUCCGGCGUCCGGACGGACAAAUCGUCCGGCGACAUCUGCUAGCUGCUGACACUCCCAAAGAUAGAGAUGAUUGGCUCGACUGUCUUAAUAAAGCGCUGGAAUACGUCAGAUGUUGUGCUACCGAUGAUGAUUGAGUUAACAAGUUGGAGUUAAAUUUGUAAAGAAAUUGUAUUCUUAGUGUCUAUUUCCAC